AUGUCUUCGAACAGUGUUGCUUCCACCGCAAGCGAGGUGUUCGAUGAAAUGGCUGGAAGCGGUGGUUUGAACAAUGUCGCUGUCGAGUUCGUGAACUUGUUAAAGACCAACGCCGUCGACAUCGAUCAAGCCCCAAUCGCUGGUUUCGAUUAUAAUGAAUUGGAGGGUGGCGUGGAUGACCACGAUGGUGAAGAUGAAGUGGAGAAGAAAAAGGAUGGUGACGAGUGUGUUACAUGGAAGGAAUAUGAAGCUCUUCGUGAUCAUUUGACAGGGCUUAUCCAUAGAUCCACUGACAAUAUUGAUGCUGAUAUUCAAGCUAUACACAUGAAAGUGGAUGCAACUGAAACUACAGUCAAUGCUAUGCAAACACAAGUCAAUGAUCUCCACACAAGCAUACAACAAUUGACAACUUCAGUCCAUGGGCUGCGUGUAGCUAUUGAGCAACGCCAACAUGAGGGCCAUGGAGAUGAUGAUAGUGUCCAUGGAGACAAUGAAAACAUGAUGGGAAAUAACGGCCGUGGGCGUGGCUUGCAAGGGCCUGGUCGUCCACCACCACUUGGUGCUCGACGUGUACCACUGCAGGAGGAUGAUGGUUUGGGUAAGCCUAAGUUCACAAUUCCCAGAUUUGAAGGCUCCACUGAUGUAGAAGAGUACCUCACAUGGGAGCUCAAGAUGGAGAAAUUAUGGCGUUUGCAUGAUUACACUGAAGAUAGGAAGAUCAAGCUUGCUUCCUCAGAAUUUGAUGGUUAUGCUUUGCGUUGGUGGGAUACCAUUCAAGGUUCCCUGACGGUUGAUGCAUAUUACAUGGAGAUGGAGAUGUUGCUGCAGCGUGCACGAGUUAGAGAAUCUGCUGAGAUGACUAUGCAACGUUUUCUCCAUGGGCUGAAAUAUAACAUCAAGGGUAUUGUUAGGCAUCACCAAUACAAUACAAUGAACGAGCUCCUACACCAUGCAAGAGAAGCUGAGUCCCAGUUGGCCGAAGAAGGUCAAAUUAAAGCCCGUUAUGCUACAGCGGGACGGUUCUCCAACAGAACACAGCUGCCUCCUUACACGCCUAGUGAGGGCGCUGCCAGCCGCCCCUUUUCUUCUGCAACAAAAUCAGCCUCCACUGUUUCACAAUCAAAGAAACCUGCUACUCCUGCUGCUAGCUCCGGUUCCAACAUGUCUACAGCCCGUAACCGAGAUAUGCUCUGUCAUACAUGUGGAGGCAAGGGACACUUCAAGAGAGAGUGCCCAAACAGAAAAGUGAUUAUUGUGAACGAUGACAAUGAAUAUGAGACUAGAGACGACGCUGACCCAUAUGCUUCCGAUGGUGAUGGGUACGCAAGUGAGGGCGGCAUCGAUGCCUUUGCUUCUCCCGCGCCCAUUAUUGUUGUCAAGCAGCGUGCCCUUAGUGUGCAGCCACAUGCUGAUUCACAGCGUUGCAAUCUGUUCCAAACCAAAGCACUAGUUGGCCCCAACAAAGCUUGUAAGGUGAUCAUUGAUGGAGGUAGCUACCGUAAUCUUGCAAGCAAAGAAUUAUGUGCCAAGCUGAAAUUGAAGUAUUUGCCUCAUCCAAACCCAUACUACGUACAAUGGCUGAGUGACAAUGGAGAGAUGAAAGUGAAUCAUAUGGUGCGUGUGAAUUUUGAAAUAGGACCAUACACGGAUUCCAUUGAGUUUGAUGUGGUUCCUAUGACUGUUUGCCAUCUCUUGUUGGGUCGGCCAUGGCUGUAUGAUCGCCAUGAAUUUGGCGAUGUGUUUCCGGAGGAGGUACCAGCGGGGCUACCACCAUUGCGUGGAAUUGAGCAUCAAAUUGAUCUCAUACCCGGCGCUACCCUCCCCAACCGAGCGCCAUACAGGACCAACCCCGAAGAAAUGAAGGAAAUACAGAAGCAAGUGCAAGCACUACUAGACAAAGGGUAUAUUCGUGUUUCUCUUAGUCCUUGUGCGGUUCCUGUUAUUUUGGUGCCUAAGAAAGAUGGUACAUGGUAUAAGGUCAUAUUUCUGGGAUACGUUGUAUCUAAGCAUGGAGUACAAGUCGAUUCAUCUAAAAUUGAAGCAAUUCAAAAUUGGCCUACUCCCAUGAAUGUUAGUCAAGUACGAAGUUUUCACGGUCUUGCUGGUUUCUACCGGCGUUUUGUGAAAGACUUUAGUACUCUUGUUGCACCAUUGAAUGAAUUAACUAAGAAAGGAGUGCCUUUUGUUUGGGGCGCUGCACAAGAUCAUGCAUUUGAUGAGCUAAAACGUUUGCUUACUUCUGCACCAUUACUUGCACUACCAGAUUUUUCUAAGCAAUUUGAAGUUGAAUGUGAUGCUAGUGGUAUAGGAAUUGGUGGUGUGUUGAUGCAAGAAGGUAGACCUAUUUCUUAUUUCAGCGAGAAACUUUCUGGUGCUAGAUUGAAUUAUCCUAUUUAUGACAAAGAAUUGUAUGCGCUUGUUAGAGUUCUUGAAGUUUGGCAACAUUAUUUGUGGCCAAAAGAAUUUAUCAUACAUUCUGAUCAUGAAGCUUUAAAAUAUCUGAAAGCUCAAUCUAAUUUGCAUAGGCGCCUCGCUAAGUGGGUUGAGUUCAUUGAGUCGUUUCCCUACAUAAUUAAGCAUAAGAAAGGGAAAUAUAAUGUUGUUGCUGAUGCUCUCUCUAGGAAACAUGAUAGAUUUUUGUUUCGUGCUAACAAACUAUGUGUUCCAGACUCGUCGGUGCGUUUGCUGUUGUUGCAGGAAUCACAUACAGGAGGAUUGAUGGGUCAUUUUGGGCGUGAGAAGACAUUGCUCAUGCUAGCUGAUCACUUUUAUUGGCCCAAGAUGAGGCGUGACGUGGACAGGUUUGUUAGGCGCUGCAUUACAUGUAACAAGUCCAAGUCAAAACUAAAGCCUCACGGUUUGUAUACGCCACUACCUGCACCUACCACACCAUGGGAAGAUAUCAAUAUGGAUUUUGUGUUAGGUUUGCCACGCACUAAAAGAGGUCAUGAUUCUAUAUUUGUGGUAGUGGAUAGAUUUUCAAAGAUGGCACAUUUUAUUGCAUGCCACAAAAGCGACGAUGCGUCGCAUAUUGCUAACCUGUUUUUCAGGGACAUCGUACGCUUGCAUGGAGUGCCAAAGACAAUUGUUUCUGACAGGGACGUGAAGUUUAUGAGCUACUUCUGGAAGACCCUAUGGGGAAAGCUAGGAACGAAGCUGCUGUUCAGUACUACAUGUCAUCCCCAAACGGAUGGUCAAACGGAGGUGGUGAAUCGCACAUUGUCCCAAUUGCUGCGAGCUAUGAUCAAGAAAAAUCUACGUGAGUGGGAGGAGUGUUUGCCACAUGUUGAGUUUGCAUAUAACAGAGCGGUGCACACUACUACCCAGCUUUGUCCUUUUGACGUGGUGUAUGGCUUCAAACCAAUCACACCGCUAGAUUUGCUGCCUCUUCCAUUGCAUGAGAGACCUGGAGAUAUGGUUUGGGUGCAUCUGCGCAAGGAUAGGUUCCCACAGCUGCGGCGUUCCAAGUUGUUGCCGCGUGGUGCUGGUCCUUACAAGGUGCUAGCCAAGAUAAAUGACAAUGCCUACUCGAUUGAUAUUCCUAUUGCUGAGUUUGGUGGUGCUAGCAACAACUUCAACGUUGCUGAUUUGUCACCAUAUGAUGGAGAGGACCUUGGAGCGUCGAGGUGCAUGGGAGAAGAAGGCAUAGCACGAGGGAGCGGGGAGUUGCAGCAAGAGGAGCAUGACGUGGAGUACAAGCAAGAGGGCGCGAGGGAGGAGAGGCAGUGA